CCUCAUCACGUGUCUCAUUCAAACUUCUGUCUCGAGUAAAACCUGUUCAUGCUCAUCGUUGUUUUUAUUAUGUAAGCAGCUUGGGGCCAUUAAAAAAUCCAGGUAUUUAAUUUCAUAUUGAUGUUUGAUGGCUUUUGCAUCUACUCUUAAUUUGUCUUAUUUAGUAUGUCGGAUGUUUAUGAAAUACUUUCCGUCUUGGUAAAAUGUGAAAUUUUAGCUUGAUUCCUAAUACUGCCUUGUUGUUUAUGCUUCUUUAAUGUGUGAUUAAUAUUGCCCCAUCUUGAAAUAUAAAAAUGGAUGCCAAGCAAGAUAAAAUUAUUGCUCUAGUUGAUAUGGACUGCUUUUAUGUCCAGGUAGAACAAAAACUGUGCCCAGAAUAUAAAAACAAGCCAGCUGCUGUUGUACAAUACAAUAAUUAUAAGGGUGGUGGGAUCAUUGCUGUGAAUUAUGAAGCUAGAGCUUUAGGUGUUAAACGUCCUGGCCGAGGGGAAGAAGCCAAGAGACUUUGUCCAGACAUCCAUUUAUUUAGAGUCCCAGAAGUGAGGGGUAAAGCUGAUUUAACGAGGUAUAGAGAAGCUGGAGCCUCUGUUAUUGAAGUGUUGUGUGAAUUUAGCGAAUGUGUUGAAAGAGCCAGUAUCGAUGAAGCUUACAUUGAUUUAACAUCAGUUAUUAACUCUCGAAUGCAAAAUCCUGUUUGUGUUACAGUGGAGCAAUUACCUAAUACUUUUGUCGUUGGGUGGGAAAAGGAUGAUGUUCAAAAUUGGCUUAAUACGAUCUAUCAAGAAGAGCAUUUGUAUAAUGAUAGAAUGUUAGCUGUGGCUGCUGUGAUUGUAGAAGAAAUGAGAGCAGCAGUGUUUGAAAAAACUGGAUUUAGAUGUUCAGCUGGAGUUGCUCAUAAUAAAAUGCUUGCAAAGCUAUCUUGUGGCAUUAACAAACCUAACAAGCAAACAGUUUUACCUGAGUCAUCAGUUCCCUUGCUAUAUACUUCUAUUCCCAUAAACAAAGUACGAAACCUUGGAGGAAAGUUUGGUGAUCAAGUUAUGAAAAAGUUUGAUGUUAAAAUGAUGUCCCAAUUGAUGAAAAUAUCAAAAGCAGAAUUUGUGAAUGCUUUUGGAGAAAAGAGUGGAUCAUGGCUUUAUUAUAUUUCAAGAGGUGUUGAAAAUGAGCCUGUAGUUGCUAGGCAGCUUCCUAAGUCAAUUGGUUGUGGGAAGAAUUUUCCUGGUAAAUCAAUGUUGAACACAAGGGAAAAGGUGAUGCAUUGGGUAAAACAACUCUGUUCUGAGUUAGAAGAAAGAUUAUUGAAAGACCAAGAAAAUAAUCGGCGAGCAGCUCGUUUAAUGACUGUGAAUAUUCGUAGCCAAGCAUCAACGGGAUUCUCUGUGGUUUCUAAAUCUUGCCCAAUAUAUAUUUAUGAUGCAGAAAAAUUAACACAUGAUGCUUUUGCUGCUAUGCAAAAGUUUAAUAAUGCUACAGAUUCUUCAUGGAAUCCUGGUAUUUUAAGUUUGGCUAUUGCUGCUAGUAAAUUCGAGGACAAAAUUGAUAAUGCCACCUGUGAUAUUCAGAACUAUUUUGCUAAACCCGGUGAAAAGGCGAACUCAACUGCUAAUUCCUCAAAUAUCGAUGCAUUUCUUGAUAUCAUUGAAGCAGAUAAAGAUCAUGUUGAACAAUCAUCACGAAAGCCAAGUAUCUUCAGUGGUUUGUUAAAUAAGACACAAAAAAGUAAAAAAGCAGGUGAAAUAACCAGCUUUUUUAAUCUAAAUAGAUGUAAUGAUGACACCAAAGAUGUUUUGCCUAAUAAAAAUACUGAAAGUGUUUCUAAUGAUCAAAUUGAAGAUGCAUCGAAAACUGAAACUUCAGUUGAUAUUAAUAUUACUAAUGCAGCUGAUAGUCUAAACUCUGAUAUUGUGAAUAAUCAGGCUGAUUCAAACUCAACUUCGCCAUCAAAAGAAAGUAGGGACUCUGAAAGUAAAAAGAAGGGAUUCUUCGCAAGAAAACUAGAAGAACGUCAAAAAAUUUUAAAUGAAAAUUCUAAUGAACAACUUCCUAACACUACGACCGAGUCUACAAAUUCCUUUACCUUUCACAACAAAAUAUCCUCUAGUGUUGAAUUGUCAUGUGCUGGUGGUUCAGAAAUUGUUCCUUGUAAAUCUGCUAGUGGUCCCAGUUGUGAUGAAAAAAAAUCUGUUUCGUCUGUCUCUUUCGCAGACACUACUGCAGACUUGGAUCCAGAACUAACAAAUUUAUGUUCUAAAUGUAAUAAAUUAAUUCCUGUUUGGGAAGAGGAAGAACAUUUAGAUUAUCAUAUGGCAUUAGAUCUGUCAAAAGAAUUUUUAGAAGAAAAAAAAUUACCAAAACCUGUUGUAAAUAGUUUGAAUUCUGACUCUAGUGUAAAAAAUAAAGUAAAUUUGCAAAAAACUAGGAAAAAGAGAGGAAGCAGCUCUAAAUCUUCAUCUUCUCGGAAUAAAAGGCCUUUUGUACAGAAAAAUACAAUUGAUUCCUUUUUUAAAAGUUCUUAGCUUAUUUUUUUAUUGGCAAAUAGAGCUAUUUCAUAAUAUAAAUAUUCUAACUAAAUUUUCAUUUGUUUCUAGUUUAACUAGCUAAUGCAUCAUUAAAGCUUUUUUUUUUCAUGCAUAACUUAUUUUAUUAUCUUUAGAUAAUAGUGUACUGUGAUAAUAUGAUAAUGAACUAUGAAUUUCAUAUUUUGCAUGCGAAUUUGAUUUUAAAUAUAAAUACAAUGUCUGUUAUAUCUAGGUUAGGAAAAUAUAAAUAAUCAAAUUAAAAAUAAAUUAUUAUUUUUUCUAAACUAGCCAUAAAAAUUUCUUAAAACUGUAGGUAAUAUCAGCAAUGCCAACUUGCUUUGCCAUAAAAUUUCUUCAUGUAAUAAAAUUUUAAUCUUUGAUUAUUGAUUUGGUAAAUUUGUUUUGAAAUUAUUUUGCUUACCAAUGCAUGUAAAUAAUUCAAAACUUCAUAUAUAACAUCACUUUGUUUCACUUAUCUCAUAGCGAGUCCUUUAAAAUGUCAAAUUUAACAUAAAUUUUGUUUCUAAUUCUCUACCCCUUAGUAAAAUCUUUUGUAGAAAGCAGAGGUGUUGGCAUCACUGGGUAAUAUGUAAUCCAUUAAUUAUUUAAAAAAUAAAUUUCAUAAAAAAAAAAAUGGUUUCAUUUUACCAAUAAAGGCAACACUUUAUCUAGAUUAAUGAAUAUUAUAAAAAAUAAUUGUAUAUAUUUUUUUUAUUUGAUAUAUUAAAAAAAACACUCUUGAUUAUUUGAUAUAUUAAAAAAAAAACACUAUUUUCAGUUACGUUUUUAAACUUCGUUAUUUAAUAAAUCAGGAUGACAUUGAAACAGGAAAAUGUUAGGGAAUUUAAUUAAAAUAACAGGGGAUGUGAAUUAAUUUGAGAUUGAAAUACUAAUAGUGAUAAUAUUUUUUUAAAAAAUGGUUUAUUUUCAACUAUAAUUGGCAGGUAUAAGGUAAAUAUUUUGUAAUAAUGCAUCGAAAUAAGGCAUAAUUGAGAUAUUUAUAAUAAAAUUUAUGCCACUGGUUACAAAAAUCAGGAAAGUUUGAUAAAAUCAGGGAAUUUUUCUAAGUGUUUUGACUACCUGUAAAUUAUUUUAAAUUUUACUUUAUAUAUAUAGCUAUAACUUUUUAUUCUAGUCUAUAGAUAUUGAUUUUAAGUUCAGGUGCCUAAAAAUGUUAUUGUUUAAGUAAACUGUGCCAUCAAAAGAUUUUUACACCUCAAGAACAGCGAAAAUUAAUGGAAAUUAAAAUUAUGAAGUAUCAUUUAUCAUAUCACUUUUUUUAAAAUUUUUGUGUGCCACUGUUUUAGUUUCUAGUGGUUGCAAAGUUAUAGGAAUGUUUUUGUUGGCAAUGUUUUUAUUGAUGUUCAAUAUGAUGAACUUAGAAACCAAAAAGUAGCAAGUACAAAUACUUCAACUCAAAUUUACUGAAAUGCAACAGAUGUUGUCAGUUCAAGCAAAGAACAAGUCAUUACAAUGAACUUGAACUAUUUCUUUGGGACUAUUUUUUUCCGAUUUUGUGUCUUAGCUACUUAGUCGCGAACUAGUUUGAUGGAAUUUAUUAGCUUUUAAUGACAAUAAUUAAGUUAAAUUCAUUUAUUUUUAUUUGAUAAACAACAAUUUAUCUCACCUAACUUAACUCCUAAUGUUUAGUAUUUACAAAGUUGGAACUUCUCCUGUAAAAGAUAAUUGAAAAAUGAAAAAUUGUUUUUAUGAUUAUGAUAUCACUUGAAGUAUAAUGAAUUCUAUUUUCCCAAAAUGCUAUUAUGUCAGUAACUCAUAUAUUAUGAAGCAUUUUAAAGUUCUAAUGAAAAAAAUGGAGCUUUCAAGCAUUAGUAAACUUUUAUGCCAGUUUUUAUUUGAAAGUAUAUGACCGUUAUUGGAUACUGCAAACAAAUUGAAAUAUGUGACGUGUUUGAAACUUUUGAUAGCAAACACAUAUCUAUCCUGCAUUAUUUGUACCAUUGACCAAAUGUUGUCAUUUUUUGAUAAUUAUUUAAUGCAAUAUACAAAUAAUUAAUUUUUGUCAUUUGUGUACUUGUGACUGACUGUGAAAUGACGAUUUUUUUGUCACAUGGACGAAUUUGUGUUAGUAAGUUUAGAAAUAUAAAUAUUUAUUUUAUUGAUUUUUGUGUUACAACAUAUUUUUAUAUGAAAAUAUAGUAAGGGACAUUAAGGCACUUAAAAAGUAAUAUCAAAUAAUAAAUUAUCUGCCAGA